AUGGCGUCUCGCUUGGCUCGAAGCGCCGUAGGCGCCAACCUCGUCCGACCGACCAUCGCUCGGCGAACUGUUCCCGCCCUCACCUCGCUCACGACGGCCCGCCACUCCUCCAACGUUCCCGCCGAGGACCCCAAGAAGAAGGCCCAGUCCAUCGUCGAUGCGCUCCCCGGAAACAGCCUUCUCUCCAAGACCGCCAUUCUUUCCAGCGCUGCCGGUCUCUCUGUCUACGCCAUCAGCAAUGAGUACUACGUUAUGAACGAGGAGACCGUCGUUGCCUUCUGCCUUCUCGCUGUCUGGGGUGGCCUCAUCAAGUAUGGUGGCCCCAUGUACUCUGAGUGGGCCAAUGGCCAGAACCAGAAGAUCCUCAACAUCCUCAACCAGGCCAGGGCCGACCACACCGCCGCCGUCCAGACCCGCAUUGAGGACGUGAAGCAGAUGGAAGGUGUUGUUGACAUCACCAAGACUCUCUUCGAGGUCUCCAAGGAAACCGCCAGGCUUGAGGCCGAGGCUUUCGAGCUUGAGCAGAAGACCGCUAUCGCCGCCGAGGCCAAGACUGUUCUUGACUCGUGGGUCCGCUACGAGAGCCAGGUCAAGCAGCGCCAACAGAAGGAGCUCGCCCAGAGCGUCAUCGCCAAGGUCCAAAAGGAGCUUGAGAGCCCCAAGUCGCUCCAGCAGAUUCUUCAGCAGAGCGUGGCGGAUGUUGAGAGGAUUGUCGCCUCCAAGGCUCAAUAG